GCUUGGCUGACAGAGAUUCAUGAAUACGCGCAGCAAGACGUGGUCCUCAUGUUACUGGGAAACAAGGUGGAUUCAGCCCAGGACAGAGUGGUGAAAAGGGAAGAUGGAGAAAAAUUAGCCAAGGAGUACGGCGUGCCCUUCAUGGAGACCAGCGCAAAAAGCGGCCUCAAUGUUGAACUGGCGUUCACAGCCAUUGCAAAGGAACUGAAGCACAGGUCCAUGAAGCUGCCCAACGAGCCCAAAUUCAAGCUCCACGACUACGUGAAGAAGGAAGUGAGAGGCUCGGGCUGCUGCCGGGCCUAA